AUGUCUACAAACUUUCAACCAACGGGAAGUCUCUUCGGACAGAGUAUGCAGCAGCCUCAACAAACAAGUGGAUUAUUUGGAAACCUUGGGCAGACUCAACCGGGGCAGCAAGCGUCAGGCUUAUUUGGUGGCUUUGCGCAGCCUUCUCAGAAUCAGCAGCAGCAGGGAGUUUCGUUUGGGACAUCUACACUGGGCCAAAAUAAUCAGCUACAGCAGUCUAGAAACUCAUCGCUAGGCUUUGGUACACAGCAGCAGCAGCAACUACCAAAUGUGUCCAUAUUCGGACAAUCACAGGCCCAGUCACUCCCGCCACUAGGGCAGGGUGGGAUCUGGCAACCAAAUGGCACAAUUAGUUCUCAUGAAAAGAGUGUACCGGAGCAGAUGGCCGCCGUCGUUGAAAAGUGGGACUCAUCGAAUCGCAAUUGCGCAUUUAAGUAUUACUUUUACAACAAAGUAGACGAUAAUAUGGCGCCUUAUUACCGUCCUGGACCAAACGAUGAUCCGAAGGCUUGGGACGAAGCUCUUUCAAACAAACCAGACAAGGGCUAUAUACCUGUGCUAUGUGUGGGCUUUGCCCAGAUGGGGGAAAGGAUAAAAUUGCAACAACGCAAUCUAGCCAACUUCAAUGCUCGUUUACAUGAAAUAAAUAAUUCUCUAUCCCGCAUGAUGCAAGAUCACGAGACGCGAACGAGUAUUAAAGCUAUGGACGCUAGAAGGAAACAUACUAUUUUGAAGCAAAGGUGUAUAGCUCUAGCAACAAAAGUACAAGUAUUGCGCAAUCGUGGUUACGCACUAGGAGGUGAUGAAGAAGAUCUUAAGAUUAAACUACUCGCGCUAGAGAGACAAGUUAAAGAUCCUGCUCUGGGUGCGAGAGGUGAAGAAAUAUGGGCGAGGAUGUUAGCGGUACAAGAUCGAGCAAACCUCUUGAAAUCCGAAAUUGGAAAAGCUGGGCAGGUAACCAGUACCAUGAUGGGAGAUGAAUUAACUCGACGUGCUAAGAAGAUAUUAGAGGAUUAUUAUACACAGCUGAAUCAUUUGAGCUCGGAGAUGGAAUCGAUAAAAAGAGAUUAUGAAGAAUGGGUUAAAGAAAAAGGGCAUACAAACGCUAGCAACUAG